AUGCAAGAUUUAGAGGCUUUCAAAGCAGAUGUAUGCUGGGAUGUGUGUCCGAAGUUGAUUGAGGUUUUGAGGAUUGCGAUGAAAACAAAGGGAGGAAAUUUGAAACAACAGCUGCAACAAGGAGAAAACCAGCAACUUUUAAGAGCAAAAAAGGUUUGCAUACGGGAAGCACAACCACUUAUUCAACCUGAACAACAAUGGAAAACCAGCAAGAAGCUUAGAAGGAAUUUAGCAAUGGACUAA